UCGGCUGUCUGCCGAACUCCUUGAGAAAUGUGGGGGCCGCUUAUUUAAAGGCGACUGACCGAGAGGGAAAAAACAACAGUUGGUUUACCAACCUCAAGAGAUAAAGACAUCGCAAUUAGUGUUCUCGAUUUAUAUCAACAGUUUACAACCAUGAACGUCAAGAUGAUAAUGUUGCUGAUCGUAGCGUCGGUUAUGGUAAGCUGCUCAUUUGCCGCACCUCAGCUCGGUGGAAGACUGAUCGGACUUCGUCGACCAUUUGGAGGUGGAUUCGGAGGACGACCUGGAUUCAACCAGGGAUUCGGGAACCAAGGAUUCGGAAACCAAGGAUUCGGAAACCAAGGAUUCGGAAAUCAAGGAUUCCAACCAGGAUUCGGAGGAGGUAACGCCGCAGGAUUGGGAAGUGGUUCAGUGAUCGGUAAUCAAGCUAUCGGUACAGGCACUGGUAUCGCUAACCCAGGACCAGGUGGAUUCGGUAUUGGUCUUGGUGUUGGUGCUGCUGUUGCGACUCCCAUUGGUAACUUUGCGGUCGGAGACGGACAGAGUAUCUCCGUUGGAAAAUAAACUGAAACCGCAGCUGAAAUCUGAGUGACUAACCGUUAGAAGACCUGAAUGCUGAACGGAAUUCAUCCGCGCAAGAUCAUGCACGACUGAUAGAUAAUAUUUUCCUUGUCUGUAAAUAUGCACUUCGUCAACUUUCCUAAUAAGGAUAAUUGAUGGACGCUUACAAAACGCUGUUAUGUAAUCUAACAGAUAAUAUUUCUCUAAAGUAAAAUAAAUUGAAAUUGAAUCAA